AUUCCUUCUCGACGACAAUGUUUUCAGUAAAAGGGAUGAGUUGUCUAAUAUGUUUUGUCCUAUUGCUGAUCUGGACUUUGGAUUGCAAAAGACAGGAACAAGAUGCGCCGCACUGUGUAGCAGUUCCACGACAUGCAAAGGUUUCUUUUAUCAUAAGCAGGAUAAAAUCUGCAAAGGAGCUCAAGACAUGAUCUUCAAUAGCGACGGAUGUCAAAUAAUGGCUGGCACAAGUUUUUAUCAAAACACAGCGGUAACUACUACCACAUCCACUACCCCAACUACAACGACGACGUCGAUAACUACAGCAGCAACAAUUUCAGGCCAGUACGGUAACAUAUGUGCCUCUGAAUCCGACUGUACAAUGGCAUACAGCAAAUGUCUUGAUGGUCUUUGCUCAUGUGUUGCAGGUUACAGAUACCAGUCUAGUACUGGCUUGUGUGUUGCCGAUUGUGGGAACUAUGGUAGCACAUAUAUCGAGUAUCGUGUGAUGAGAUUGACUGCGAAUACCAUUAUACAAGCAGAUGAGAACAAAAGUCUCACGUUUUGUCAAGAUGCAUGCGCGGCCGAACCGACUUGUCGGGGAUUCAACUUCGGAUACCCGACCAAUAGAUGUGUUUUGGAAUAUGGAACACCAUUAACACACCCUAGUGCUUUUAAUGCGAAAACUGACUUUAGUUAUUUUUCAAGGAAUUGUGAAUGA